AUGAACACACACAAGAAACUUGAAGAAGGUUACUCUACUCAGAGACCUCCAAUGUUCAACGAAAAUUUCUUUUCCUAUUGGAAGAACCGCAUGGAAAUCUUCAUCAAAGCAGAAAACUAUCAAGUGUGGCGAGUUAUUGAAGUGGGCGACUUUGAGGUAACAACUACCAAUGACAAAAACGAGGUAAUCCCUAAACCAAUGUCCGAGUAUGAUAAAGAUGAUUUUGAUAAAAUGGAGGUUAAUGCUAGAGCUGUAAAAUUGCUCCACUGUGGUCUUGGACCUCAUGAACAUAAUAAAGUCAUGGGGUGCAAGAACGCAAAGCAAAUUUGGGAUUUGUUACAAGUCACACACAAAGGAACAAACGAAGUUAACCGUUCUAAAAUAGAUCUUUUGAUGUCUAAAUAUGAACGAUUUGAAAUGAAUCCAAAAGAAUCUAUUCAAGAAAUGUUUACUCGUUUUACUAACAAAAAUAAUGAGUUAGUCUCUCUUGGAAGAACUAUACCAAUUGAUGAACAGGUACGAAAGAUCUUAAGGAGCCUUCCACAAGAUGAGAGAUGGAGAGCCAAAGUUACUGCGUUGCAAGAAACAAAGGAUUUCACAAAAUUCAAUAUUGAGCAACUGGUCGGAUCUCUCAUGACUCAUGAGCUGCACCUUGGAGCAAGUAACACAGAGAUUUCCAAAAACCGUGGACUUGUGCUUAGGGUUGAGGAACAAGAAGAUUCAGAACCUGACGAAGAAGAAGUUUCCAUGAUGGUUAGAAAGUUUAGGAGAUUCUAUAAAAAUCUUAAAACUGGAAACCAAAAGGAUAAAAAUCCAAGCAAGAGAAUAUCAAAUUCUAAACCUGAUUCCGGAUGCUUCAAGUGUGGAAGUUCGGAACACCUCAUUCGUGAGUGUCCUCUUUGGGAAACUGAUCAAGGAAAAGCCAAAGGAAAGGAGCAGACAACAGAAAGAUACAAACCAACCUUUGGAAAACCUAACUAUCGCAAGGCAAUGAUUUCAGCUUGGGGUAGUGACUCAGAAUCAGAAGAUGAUGAGGAGCCACAAAAUGAAGAGAUGGCUAAUCUGUGUCUAAUGGCCAAAAUAAAAGAAAAGAAAGAUGUUCCAUCAAAUGAGGUAUGUUCCAAAAUCCUUUGUGUUUUAUCUAAGGAAAAAUUAAUUGAAUUGUUGUUAGAAACAUUGGAUGAUUUUAAAAAGCUUAGCAUAGUAAAGGAACAAAGUGAUAGAGCUCUCAAAAUUAGUAAAGACCAUAUCACCUAUCUGAACAGUACUAGAUCAGACGUUCAAAGUAGGUUCUUUGAUCUUUUGGAUCAAAACACUGUGCUAAAAGAGUCUUUAAAACGUACUAAGCAUGAGAAUAUUACUCUUAAUGUAGAACUUGCUCAAUAUAAACUGUUUAAUGUUAGUCUAGAUUCUGCUAGUUCUAUUGAGACACAUAUGCGUAUUUUCAAUGUUGAUUUUGAGAAACUGAAUAAUGAUCUUGUUACCGUUAAGGAACAAAAGGAAAAACUUGAAAAGGAACUUGCUUUAGCUAAUGCUAGAAAGAAGGAAGUUCCUAAGAUUACUCCUAAAUAUAUCCUUGAUGCCCAAGUUCGAAAAAGAGAAGGAUUAGGUUUCUCCAGGUAG